AUGAAUUACACAUCACUGCAUGAAGUAAUGAGGGAAAGUUUCGGUGCCACACUAUACAAAUGUAUUGACGCAAAUGAAACAAACCGAUGCGCGAACAUGUAUUUGCUAUUUGUGCCUGCUGUCUUUUCUAAGCAGAGAGUUUUAUGGGCGCAGCUCUAUUACGAGAUGGAAUUUUAUACUAUACACCCUAUUGACUUACAACUUCUGAUACAUGUAGACAAUGAAUCUCCGAAAUUCCUAAUAAAAAAAGUGUGGUACAACCACAAACUGUAUAAUUCCUAUGAGGAUUUCAUAAACAGCUACAACAACGGAACCACGCCGAGAAAACGUCAGUUGUUUCCAGAUACGAGAAUAAAGUCACACAGACAAUACGGAUCUUUACGCCCGCGGCAGAAGUCAUCACAUAUAAAAGGCCUGAAACAUCCACCUAUUCAGUUAGAACCCGAUGGCCACCGGUAUACUGUUAACGCACAGACUGUUAAGUAUUUGAAGUGGAGUUUUCAUUGGGUGAAUUCGUUAAAGAAAGGUCCUACAUUGUUUAAUGUGCAGUUUGAGGAAGAUCGUGUUAUAUAUGAAAUGGGACUACAAGAUAUUAUAGUUAUCUAUACCGGAGAUAGUCCAGCUAUGUCUCGUGCAGCUUUCGCCGAUGGAUUCACAGCGUUAGGUACUAAAUCAGUCGGCUUGGUGCCCGGUGUUGAUUGUCCAGGUUACGCCACGUUCCUUAAUGUCACCAUAAAGAUAGACGAAUUCCACGGGGGAGGUGUUCUGCCGAAUGCAAUUUGUAUAUUUGAACACAACCUUGGUCGUCCUUUGCGUCGGCAUCAUUCUACAAUAGAAGCAGGCACAGAUAUGUUUUAUGGUGGUUUAGUGGCCACAGUUCUGGUAUUUAGGACUAUCUAUGUUAUCAACAACUAUGAUUACAUACUCGACUACAUGUUCUAUGAGAAUGGUGCUAUAGAAGUAAAGGUUUAUCCUACAGGUUAUGUUCUUACAACUUUUCAACAUCCGUCGGAGCGAAAAUACGGAUUUACAGUAGGAAAAGACGCGACAGCGCCAAUGCAUCUGCAUCUUUUCCAUUUCAAACUAGAUAUCGAUGUCUUAGGAAGGAAAAAUAGGUACGAAACACUGGAUAUUGAUGUUGAACGAUUCAAUUCUCCAGAUCUCGAUGGUACAGGCAAUGAUGACAGCUACCGAUAUCAAUUAACUCGUCAUCUCAAAACUACAGAAUUACAGGCAGUCCACAAAUUCAACUUUUCUCUACCAAAACACCAUAUCGUGUAUAAUAAUAAAAUGAAAAACGAGUACGGUGAGAACAGAGGAUAUCAAAUUAAGGCGAAUGGAUUUGCCAAUCAGUUGCUGCCUAAAAACACUGGGUUCGAAAGUGCUAUUUCUUGGUCACGUUACCAGAUGGCAGUAACCAAACACAAAGACAUAGAGGAGUCUAGCGGAUCUGUACAUACCACAGUUGAUGCCGGCGAACCUGUCGUCGACUUCCAGUCAUUCAUAGAAGACGACGAAAACAUCGUUGAUGAAGACCUUGUUUUCUGGCUGACAUUGGGUACCUUUCAUAUCCCGAAGGCUGAAGACAUACCCAACACUGCCACAUCUGGUAGCACUUUGUCUAUACAACUGACGCCCUUUAACUACUUCAACGAAGACCCGUCCAUGGAGUCCAGCGGUUCUGUCUACAUCACUCCGAAAACCGUAUUCCAGCCUAAAAAAGGACUUAAUAUUGAUAAUGCAUUCCCCCCUAUAAAUAAAUCUUGUUUACCUAAAUUAUUUACUUUUGAUGAACUGGAAAAGGAUGGGACAUCCAUAUUUUUCCCCUAUUUUUGA